AAUCAUUGAUGAACCUCUCACAACAGAAAAUGUGAUGAAUAAUAAAGAAAUUCUAGCAAUGGUUCAUAAGACAUUUGAUCCUAAGCCUGCAACAACAAAUUUUAAAGAAGAUGAAGUACCUUUAGCACCUCCAGUGAACUUAUCAGAGACAAUAAAUGCACUACAACUUCUUAUUCAAUUUCAAAAACAAAGAGAAAGUAAUGAUAGGUUUAAAUCUGAAGAGUUAAAUAUGUUGUACAAAAAAAUAUACUAUUUUGAAAAAUUGAAAAAUGCAGCAAAAAAGCAAACUAAUCUUUUUUACUAUUUCGAUAAUAGCUCUAAAAAUUUAUUUGAAGUAGGCUUUAUUUGA